AUGUCAACAAAGCUUGAGGUUAACAUAGAUAGAAUUGCUACGGGUGACACCUUUACCAAUUAUGACAUUGUUCAAGGUACAAUAGAAUUGCAGGUGCUUGAACGAAUAAGUUUGUCUAAGAUUGAAGUAAUACUUGAAGGAACAUCCAAGUCCAAAGUUUACUAUAAAGAAAGGUCUGGUAAGCCUAAUAAUUAUAAAAAUUAUAACGUACAGAAUGCCAUCAAUAAGCAUACGCAAGUAUACCAAGAGCUAAUUGUUUUCCCUUCUAAAGGAACCUACAACAAAGGAAGAAUACAAGAGUUCAAUUUGGAUGUUGGAAGGUAUAGUUAUCCAUUUUCCUUUCAAUUACCUAUGGAUAAUGAUUGUGCUAGUAGCUCUGCUAGCAGGAAUACAAUGAAAGAUCAUAAAGCUCGCGUACAACACCAUAGGAAGUCACUUUUGAAAAGUAUACCCUUUAACUCUUUGAAGAAAAAACCUUCGAAACCUAUGGGGCAAAUAGAAGCAAAACAUGUAACCAAUCAAUUACCACCAUCAUUUUACUUGAAUGAUGAUGCAAGUAUAAAAUAUGGGGUAAGAGCUACGCUUUUUACCACCCAACUGGAUUUCUUUGGCGACCGCUCAGCAUAUGGUCCAUUCGUGUUUCUCCCAUUAGAUUUGGAAGGUCCACUGCCAGAUGCGCCAAAGUACGAGCUUAACAUACGAGAGUCAUUCUUAUGUUCCAAAAUGGUUCAUACACCAGGGACACCGCUUCAUUUUUUCUUUGAACUUAGAUUGAAUGAUCCUGCCAACUUCACCCCAGGCGAGAAACAAAGUUAUACUCUCCAUAUUGGAACAAGACACCAAUUUACUAACCAAUCCACUGACGUAAUGCCCACUAUCUACUUAAUGAAAAUCAAAACAUCUCUUCUUUGUAUUACAGAUAUCAGAGCAGACGAUGAUCGACUAACAGGAACAUUACACAAGACCCAGCACGUUAAAACGUUAGUACUAGUGGAGAAGGACUUAAACAAAUACCCCAUUGAAUUAAGCGGCAUGGAGAGGAAACUGGAUCAAGAUAGUUAUUCAGUGGAAGUACCACUAGAAUGCUAUUCUCAUUCAAUUCCUACAGACUUACCUCCAACUUUUGAAACUUGUAAUUUAUCAAGAUCAUACAAGUUGGAAUUGGUGAUAUCGUACGCCUUUGAUCCAGCAGCAAAGAAAGGGUUUUUACGUCAGUUCCAACUGGGGAGCAUAAAGAAGGUCAAACUAAGAACUGAGAAUAUGAGAGUUGUCAGUGGGAUAUAUCUCAAUCGUGGUGCUUUAGGAAAUAGUAGUCUUAAUUCUGUUGACUCCACAGUCGAUGAUAACGACACCGUAUAUGGACUUCCAUCCCAUGAAGAUAUUAAGUAUCCUUGGGGUCAAUUAGUACGAAGAGAUUAUUGUCAAGAAAAGGAGUAUUAUUUGGAGUAG